AUGGUGCAAAACUGGAGGCGUUUGAAUAAAUUAUACCGACAAGCCGUUGAGGUGCCGACACCUUGGCACAGCUGUAAUUUAAACGAGCCGGUUGCUUCUCCGGUACUUCUCUCCAUUCGGAGUGGGAUGGCUCGCGUCGGGAAAGGAUUUCAAGUUGGGUUGUCUUGGACACCUGACCGCGAUGGUCACGUUCCCUACAACGCGAUCGACGCUGGCGGCGGAGUGUUUGUGGCUCGCAUGCGACAUUCUGGGGAUCUGAUUCCGGGAAAGGUGGUUCCACAGUAUGGCAAAGCGUAUUGUUCACACGGUGGUUGCGAGCAUGAAUAUUUUGAAUACGAAGUGUUGUGCAACACAUCCGCCCCAAAUACACGACCAUGCUACAAAUGGGAGCAUUCAAGUGAUGGACAUGUACCAAAAAAGUCAAUCGUUGCAGGCCUCGCUGAAGACCAGUCGCCCUUGUACGUCGCACGUGUACAAAUAGAGGGAGAAUGGGUUGUUGGAAAGGUUCAUCAGGGACAUUCAUGUGGAUAUUUCCCAUACGGAGGCGAAGAGCAUUCCAAGGAAUCUUAUGAAGUUUUGGUACUUGACAAAUAAAGCGUCGUUGUCCGGUACGCUAAUGAGUGCAAUGCUAACAAUCAAAAUAAAAAUCUUGUUUGUC